GCUGAGCAAAUCAUAAAUAAUCAGUGGGCUUUUGGAUAGAAUCUGAAUCCGAAGCUUUAUUGGCUCACCCUUUGCACGGUCCCCUGUGCGAAGGAUUAGCUACUGGUUUGUCUAUGCCAGCGAAAGAAGUGUUUCAAGCCGAUGACUGAAUCAUUAAAAGAGGGAACGCCGCGAGAAGUAGGGAACUCUUUAGUUCAUGCAGGGACCGCGGCGAUUACAACACCACGAGGAGUAGGUCCGAAUUUCACACCUCGGGGUCCCAAUCCAUCUCCACGGACCCAAUCGACAUAUACCUCAAGCGGGCGACCAAACACCUUCCGCCAAACUGCUGCUCUGGGAUUUCUGGAUGAAAAAUUGCACAUCCAGGCGGAAAGCGACCGACCAGGUACGAGGGACUUGCUAUACAGAGGUGUGAGUGCAGAUGGACAUGGGCGCAAAGAAUAUCUACAAAGACGCACUAGGUAUGAUAUCCAUGAACGAUAUCAACAGCCUCAGACAGAGGCACAGCUGAUGAGCUUGAGCUUGCGAAUGAACCCUUCUGCUUUGCGUCCACCUUCCUUUGGCAAGAAACCGAUCAUUGCCAAUUCGUUCUACCGAACACGCGGUGCUGGGAGCUUCAAAGAAGCAACUGCAGAUUUUUGAGUGUGCAGUGAGACCAGCUUGCAAUCAGAUUUGUCGUUAGCGGAUAUUAGCGGUGAUGCCAUUUGGUGGUCAACUUUCAUCAACUUUCCACAAUCCAACAUCGGCAGAUGAAAGCUGUGAAACGGCUGGAUUGCAUUAGUUAGUUGGAUGGCUCGAUUCAGUUCCCAAAGGAUGCCUUUGCCAAAGGCAAACUUAGCCUCUUUGGACCUGGAUAUUUUACGAAGCUACGAACCUGCAAAACAAGA